GCGAAAUGAAAAGUACAGUGCAAGCACCCAGUUUGUAACAAAGCUCGUUAGCGGCCUCGCUUCUCCCCUUUCUUUUCCUUUGUCCGUCAGGUGCCUUAACGAAAAAGCUCGAGCUUGUUCCUCACGCUACUUCACACCAUCCAAGUCCGAAGUCAGAACACCACGCACAGUGUUGGGUAUUUCCCCCCACCCCUUUCCCUGGCCAAUUAAUUUAAUUUCUUGUCUUAGUUUUUUUGGUUUGUUUGUUGUUUUUUUUUUUCCUGGAGGCCAAAACCGCACACUUUUUGCCCCUUUUCACCCAGUUUACAUUGUUCUCAGGUGGAAAAAAAAAAAACCAACCCAAAACCCCAGUGUUUCCUCUAAGCACGCCGAUAACAGUUGUGUGAAAUCGUGGUUUGUUUCCCCUCUUGUCCUUCUUCCCUCAAAAAAAAAAAAGAAAAGAAAAAGGUGUAUACAUCUGCUUAAACUGUAAAAUAACGCAAGCACUUGUUCUAGACAAUUAGAGGGCUUUUCGUUAGAGAUUUAAUUGCAUUCCAGAAAGGGCUUUUCACAUACAACGGGAUCCAGUGAUGUCUUUUAUGCCUUUUUGUCGCUGUUUUUAAAUGUUUGUGACAGGACCUUUACGGUCCCUGCGCCUUCCGUGGCUUAAAUUUGCCACACCAUCGUAAAACCGGGAUAUUAUUUUUUUUCCCCCUUUUCCAUCAGAGAUCCACCAUCGGGGCUUGAAAAUGUUACUGGUCUGGCUGGAAUGGUGUUGGUUCAGGGAGAGCAGGACCUCAGAGCAUCCAUUUCCCCCCCGGCUAAUAUAUUCAAUUAAUAACUUUGUUGGGUUAUUUUACUAAACGUAUGUAAUGUGUUGAGCUUUAUACUUCCCCGUCUUGAUCCGGAAAAAUCCAAACUGUUUUUUUUGAUGGCUACUAAGGGCGUUUUUUUUAUAUCCGUUAUCAAGAGGAAUUGGAAAGGGAAGAUGUGGAAAAGAAAGAAAAGAGGCCGCUGGAAAACUUUGGGUGAAUUUUCCCCCCUUUUGAGGGAGGGAAGAACCAGGAAUUGUUCGAAAUGUCAGGAGCUCUCGGGGCUUGUAAAGCCAAGUUUCAGGAGUUGUCGGCUGGUUCCAUCAAGCGAGUGGGAUUUUUUUUUUUUUAGAGAAAGAGUAAAAUAUUAGCAGUAAGACUCAAAACUGCUCGUCUGGGGCUUUUCCUCGUGCCUUGCUCCCCUUGACCCGUUUUUAAUUGGGCUCAACCUCCUUUUAGCGCUCACGAUUUGCAAGAAAUUACCUUUUUAGUGGUGCAAACACCCCUUUAACGUCGGUACCGUGAGCAGCUCCCUGGAAAAAUCAGAAUUAUUUUUUUCUUUUACAGGGAUGAUUGGUUGUUUUGGGUUUUUUUUUUCCUAAGGGCGUAAUUGUUCUGCUGAAGCUCCUUGGGUCGAGCGAGGCUUUGUUGUCCCGGGUUAAAGGAAAGGCCAAAGCAAAUCCCAAACCCUGGUGUUUCUCUUUUUUGUAUCGUUAUUAUUUCCAGGCCGUAUCCCGUUGCUGUGGCAUCAGCCGUGCCGCGGCAGCGAGGACGUUAGGAUUUCACUGAAGGAUACGGAUAACAGGAACCUGGGAACAGAGGAGAAGGUUCGGAAUUAGCAGCCGAGUCCUCAAAAAAUCUUGAAUUUGGCCCAAAUAGCGCCCGGAAGUUUCCCUUAGUAGAAAUAGCGCUUAAAAACGUGAAUUUUGGGGGUGUCAGGAGGAGGAUUUGCCCUGAUUACAGCCAGGCUGAAGAGAUCUCUCUCCAAGCCCUUUAUAAAUUAGUACAACAUAUUUGUUACCAUAAUUAAAAAAAAAACCUAACACCCGAACCCCAACUAUACAGAAAAUAGGAAAAAGCUGAUAAAUUUUAAUGACUCCUGCCCCGGCCCGCGCAGUUUGAAUGAGGCGGCGCGGCCCCCGCUGCCUUCAAAGCGCCGCUUCUUUUAUUCCUUGAUUGAUGUAUUUCCCCGCCGUUUCCACUCGGAAUAAAAUAGGAGGCGGCCGCCCCAGCGGAGAGCCUCGUUCCUUUGGGAUUAUUCUGGAAGAAUCCACGUUUUGGGGGAAAAGAAUGGGAGAUUUGGCGGAAUUCAUUUGCACCAGUGCAGGCGUUGUCAUCGUCCCGGGUUCCGUCGUUGCCGUGGCGCUGUCUCACACGCCGCUCGGAACCGCACUGCGCCGGCCGCCGUCCCCUCUAGCUCGGGCGGGACGGAGCGAUAGGAAAACCCAGGGAUUCAGGGAAGAAUUUCCCCCCCUUCCCCCAGCUCGGUGUUUGCUGCGAUACCGAUAAUCGCUUAACAGCCAUGGCUUCUUCGCCGCCUCCCCGCAGCGACUCUCCACGGGAGGAUGGAGAACUGGAAGAAGGGGAGCUGGAGGACGAUGGAGGGGAGGAGGCGCAGGAUCCCUCGGAAUCGCGCGAAAGAGGUCGGAAGGAGAAAGGGGAGAAGCAUCACAGCGAUUCCGAUGAGGAGAAAACCCAUCGACGGAUGAAGCGCAAGCGUCGGAAAGAGAGAGAGAAAGAGAAGAGGAGAUCCAAGAAGAAAAGGAAAUCCAAACACAAGCGCCACGCUUCUUCCAGCGAUGACUUCUCUGAUUACAGCGAGGAUUCGGACUUCAGUCCUGGGGAAAAAGGACACCGAAAAUACCGGGAAUACAGCCCUCCCUACUCUUCCUCCCACCAGCAGUAUCCCUCCUCUCACGGCGCUCCCAUGCCGAAGAAGAGCUACUCCAAAAUGGAAAGCAAGAAUUACGGCAUGUACGAGGACUACGAGAACGAGGAGUACGGCCAGUACGAGGCGGAGGAAGACGAAGAUAUGGGCAAGGAAGAUUACGACGACUUUGCCAAAGAGCUGAAUCAAUACCGGAGAGCCAAGGAAGGCUCCCACCGGGGGCGAGGUGGCCGCGGCCGAGGCAGAGGGUACCGAGGCCGAGGAGGAAGAGGAGGGAUGAGAGGAGGCCGAGGCAUGGGCCGAGGGAACCGCGGGCGAGGCAGGGGCGACCACCCCGAGGAAGAGGAGGAAAUGUAUGAGGAAGAGAUGGAAGGCUCUCGUUUGCAGUACUGUGAUAACGAGGAGCCCCUCGGCGAGGACGAGUACGACGACUACUCGAAGGAGCUGAACCAGUACCGCCGGAGCAAGGAGAAUCGGGGCCGGGGUUUAAAUCGAGGACGCGGUCGCGGCCCCAGAGGAAGAGGAAAUAAAGGCAUGGGCAGAGGACGAGGCAGAGGUGGCAACAGAAGCGGAAUGGGGAAAGGGGGCGGAAUGAACGACGACGACGAUUACUACGACGAGGACAUGGGAGAUGGAGGAGGCGGUGGGAAUUACCGGCGGAACGACCAUGACAAACCCCACCAGCAGUCGGAUAAGAAAGGGAAAGUGAUCUGCAAAUACUUCGUGGAAGGCCGAUGUACCUGGGGCGACCACUGCAAUUUCAGUCACGACAUUGAACUACCAAAGAAACGAGAGCUCUGCAAGUUCUACAUCACCGGCUACUGCGCCAGGGCUGAAAACUGCCCGUACAUGCACGGGGAUUUCCCGUGCAAGCUCUUCCAUACCACGGGCAACUGCAUCAACGGGGACGACUGCAUGUUUUCUCACGAUCCGCUGACGGAGGAGACGCGGGAGCUUCUGGACAAGAUGCUGGCAGAUGACGCGGAAGCGGGCGCCGAGGAUGAGAAAGAAGUCGAAGAGCUUAAAAAACAAGGCAUCAACCCUCUCCCCAAACCACCCCCUGGGGUGGGUUUGCUCCCCACUCCCCCUCGUCCUCCCGGUCCUCCGGCUCCCACCUCUCCCAACGGGAGACCCAUGCCGGGGGGGCCGCCUCCUCCUCCGCCGCCGCCUCUUCCACCCCCGGGGCCGCAAAUGCCGCCGCCGAUGCACGAGCCGCUGUCCCCGCAGCAGUUGCAGCAACAGCAGGAUAUGUACAAGAAAAUCCCCUCCUUGUUCGAGAUCGUCGUCCGGCCCACGGGGCAGCUGGCGGAGAAACUGGGCGUCAGGCACCCAGGGCCGCCCCCGCCCAGGUUCCCCGGGCCCGGAGGCCCCCCAGGACCGAUGCCCGGCCCCAUGCACCCCGACAUGCAUCCCGACAUGCACCCGGACAUACAUCCCGACAUGCACCCAGACAUGCACCCCGACAUGCACCCCGAUAUGCAUCCGGACAUGCAUCCCGACAUGCCGAUGGGUCCGGGAAUGAAUCCCGGCCCCGCCAUGGGUCCCGGCCCCCCCAUGAUGCCCUACGGACCCGAUGAUUCCCCUCAUUCCGGCAUGAUGCCGCCCGGCCCGGGGCCGCAAGGUUUCUACGAUAAUUUUUACCCACACCAAGAAGGUCUGGAGAUGGAUCACGGCAUGAUGGGAGACCCAGAAGACUACGGUGGUUACGAGGAUAUGGAAGGGCCUGCGGGAGAGCACAUGUUCCCCGAUCCGUCCUUGGAUCCCGACGCUUUGUGCGAAGGAGGCCCCUCCGGCUUAACCAAAUCGCCCGGCAGCAUCCCCGAUUUCAUGCCCUCGGCACAAAGAGCGCUUUAUUUGAGAAUCCAGCAGAAACAGCAAGAGGAAGAGGAGAGAGCCCGGAGAUUAGCCGAGAGCAACAAGCAGGAACGCGAAAACGAGGAAGGCGACACCGGGAACUGGUAUUCCAGCGACGAAGACGAGGGUGGAAGCAGCGUCACCUCCAUAUUGAAAACCUUACGGCAACAAAGCUCGGGCCGCCCUCACCCCCAACCCACCCACGGCGAAAUGGGGCCCCCCCCCGGCGUCUCCGACCCCCGCCUUCAAAAAUCCCAAGCCGGAAGCAGCAGCGGACGACCCGCUGAUCCGCGUUUACGGGAUCCUCGGCUUUCCCGAAAUUCCGACCUUUCCCUCUCGGCCGAUUCGGGCCCCACCGACCCCAGGUUGGCACGACACGUUCCCUCCGCCCUCCCCAAAGCGGAUAUUCCUCAUUCCAGCGGCGUCGGCGGCGUUCCCAAACCCCCCUUACUCCCCGAGGAAGAGGAAGGAGAAAGAGCUUUACGGGAUAAACCCCUCAACAUCCCCUUGGAUGCUCUCCCGGGCCAUUCCCUGCGGGAUCCUCGCUCCCAACUCCAGCAGUUCAGCCACAUCAAAAAAGACGUCGUCCUCCACAAACCCAACUUCUCCCGCAUGAUCCUGUGGAGCCCGGAAGAUCUAAUUCCUCUCCCCAUCCCAAAACAAGAGUUUAUUCCCGUUCCGGCCGCCCUUCAAACCAUUCCGCCCCUGGAUCCACGUCUCAACAGGCCCCAAGCGGCUCUCACCGACCCCCGGCAAAGAGGGGGAAGCGCCGCCGGGGAUCCCGCUUCCUCGCCGGGUGCCGGCCUUCCCGAUUUCGAGCUUCUUUCCAGGAUAUUAAAGACUGUGAACGCCGCCGGCGGCCCCACCGCCAGCCCCGGUGACAAACCCAGCGACCCUCGCAAGCGGAAAACCCCCGCCGAUCCCAGAUUGCAAAAAAACCCGGAAACGGGAGCUUCCAAAACCCGCGAAUCCGGUGAAUCCGUCGAUGCCGCCCCCGCCAUCGCUCCCUACGACCCGCGGCUGAGCAAAGGCGGCGGGCAGAGCAGCGUGCUCAGCGCCAUCAGCUUGUACGACCCCAGGACUCCCAAUUCGGGGGGCAAAUCCCCUCCCGAAGCCGCCGGCUCUUCCCUAAAACCUUCCGAAUCCGGUAAAACCAGCGGAAAACCCAAGGAACCCCUUUUCGUUCGCCGCUCGGCUUUGGAACAACCCGAUUCGGAAAAAACCGAAUCGGCUACGGACAGGUACAACAGUUACAACCGUCCGCGGCCCAAAGCCGCCCCCCCGGCCCAAGAAGCCGCCCCCCAACCCGGGGUCCACAACCUUCCAGUCCCCCCGGUUUACGGCCUGGUGAAACCCAGCGGGAAAUCGGGAACGGGAAGCCCUUUCGCCGGGAAUAGCCCGGCGCAAGACAGCGACCAGCAAGACGCCGCUUCCCUUAAAGACGUCUUUAAGGGGUUCGAUCCCACGGCUUCCCCUUUUUGCCAAUAAUACGUCGUUCCCCCCCCUCCGAAAAAAAAACCCCACCCAUCCAAACCCCAUCGAAAAGAGAAAACCGAUCCCUGAUUUAUUCGCGGUGGGAAUUUGAUUGAUUUUCCCUUUUUGUUUUCCGGGGUUGUUUUUGGCCUUUUUAAUUCCGUUGAGGCUCGCUUCAGGUGUAUAUAAAUCCCACUUUCUGCCGGAAUUCCGCGUUUCCCACCCCGCGGUUGAAAAAAAUGGCAACACCCCCCCCACCCCCCACCCUCGGCCGUAACAACGUUUUCCUUCAUUUCGUGCUUUUUUUCCCCCAAACCGCCCCCCCCGCCCUGGAUCGAAAUGGGGGAGAGGGGGGGAUAAAUCCUUAAAUCUCCGCAUUUCCAACCCGAUUCCCGGGAAGAAAACCGACGGCGAUUCUUUAUAUUUUCGCUUUAAAAAGCCGCUGGGGGCAGGGGGGGGCGAGAGUGGGGUUGGGGGGGGGGGGGGGUCAUUUUUACACCGGAAUGAACGAAAAAAUCUUUGUAUUAUAAUCUUUUUUUUCUAAAAUUCUGCUUUAAAACGGGAGCAACCCUGAAAAAACCCACCAAAAUCCCCCCCCACCCCCCCCCCCCAAAAAAAAAAACAAAACGCUUUUGUACUGACGGGGAGGGGGCGUUUCUGGUUUUCUUUGCAUUUCUUUUAUUUUUGUGUUUUGGUUUUUUUUUUUUUUUAAUUAUUAUUAUUAUUAUUAUUACGGGAAGUAAAUAUUUUUUUCUGCCGUUUCUUGGCGAUUUUCGAAACAAAACCAGGGCCUUUGAAUCCCCCCCCCCCGAGAAGGUGACGAAAUAUUUACAGCCCCCCUCCCCCGGCAAAAAAAGCCAAGAAAAAAGAAGAAAAAAAACCCAACCGAACAAAAAGUUUGUAUUAUUGAAAUGAAAUUAUUCCCCUGGGACGGGAAAGGGGGGUGGUUUUUUUGCCCCAAAAAUAAGGUUCUCGGCGCUUGGGGAUUUGGGGGGUUUUUUUGGGAUUUUUUCUCCCGUCUUGUUCGUCCCGGCGACAAACGGGAUUUAAAAAAUGGCACCAACAAAAAAAAAAAAAAAAGAGGAAAUUCAAAAUGACGAAAUUCAAUUCAAAAAAAUUUUCCAAGUUAAAAAUGCCACGUCAUUUAACAAAUUUAAGUUAAAAAUCUAAAAAAAAAAAAAACAAAAACAAAGAAAAAACCAAAAACAACCCCACCGCCACAUUUUUGGGGCAAAACCCCCCGUUUUUUCUAAGCCAGAGCGUUAAAAACAAAAAAAAAAACCUAAAAAUUAUUCUUUUUCAGCAAGAAAUUGCCCGUUUUUUUGGCUUUUUUCGCGGCGCCCCCAGGAAAUCAUUUCCCCUCAGGGCAAAAGCCAGAACUUUUUGUAAAAAUUAUUUUGGGAUUUUUUUUUCUUUUAUAAGGAUUUCAAAACCACCAAAACCAGCUCUCGAAGCCA